AUGUCUGUUAUAGGUAUUACUUUUGGUAACACAUCCUCCUCAAUUGCCGUUGCCGGUGCUGACGGUAAAGUUGACGUUAUUGCCAACCCAGAUGGUGAUCGUUCUAUUCCAUCAGCUUUGUCAUACAUUGGUGAAGAUGAGUACCAUGGAUCUCAAGCUGAAGCAAGAUUAAUAAGAAAUCCAGAUAACACCAUUGUUAAUUUCAGAGAUUACAUUGGUAAGAAAUUCAGUGAAAUCAACCCAAAUAACACCACUGGUGCUAAACCAAAAGAAAUUAACGGUGAAAUCAGUUAUGAAAUCACUAAUGAUGGUAAAACUGAAAUUUUGACUGUACAUGAAGUUGCCAAAAGACAUUUCAAACAAUUGAAAUUAGCUGCUGAAGAUUUUAUUGGUAAAGAUAUCGAAGGUGUUGUUUUAACUGUUCCAACUGAUUUUACUGAACAUCAAAGAACUGAAAUUUCCAAGAUUGCUGAAGAUGCUGGUUUGAAAGUUUUACAAUUGAUUAAUGAACCAUCUGCUGCUUUGAUUGCUCAUUUAUCUGCUGAAGAAGACAGAUUAACUCAAGAUAAACUUUAUGUUGUUGCUGAUUUCGGUGGUAUUAGAACUGAUGGUGCCGUUAUUGCUGUUAGAGGUGGUGUUUUGACCAUCUUGGCUACUGCUCAUGAAUACGGUUUGGGUGGUGAUAACUUGGAUGCUUCUUUGUCUGAAUUCUUCGCUAAAGAAUUUGAAAAGAAAACUAAAGCUAACCCAAGAACUAAUGCUAGAUCAUUGGCUAAAUUGAAGGCUGAAUCUAUUGUUGUUAAAAAGACUUUGUCUAAUGUUCAAACUUCUACUUGUUCUAUUGAAUCUUUGGCUGAUGGUUUCGAUUUCCACACCAGUAUUAACAGAUUGAGAUAUGAAUUAGCUGCCAGAGAACCAUUAUCUAAAAUGACUGGAUUUGUUGAAAAAGUUAUUUCCAAGGCUGGUUUAGAUGCUUUGGAUAUUGAUGAAGUCUUGUUGGUUGGUGGUGCUGCAAACACUCCUAAAUUGGCUUCUAACAUUUCAUACUUAUUCCCAGAAACCACCAAUAUAAUAGCUCCAUCUUUAGAUUCUAAAGCUUUGAACCCAGCUGAAUUGGUUGCUCUUGGUGCUGCUUUACAAGCUUCCUUGAUUGAAUCCUUUGAUGAAUCUGAAAUCAAAGAAUCUUUACAACCAAUUGUUGUCAACACUCAACAUUUGUCCAAAUCCAUUGGUAUUAAAGAUGCUGAAGGUAAAUUCCAACCAAUCUUGGUUGCUGAAACUGCUUACCCAAUCAAGAAAUCCAUCGAAGUCACUAACGGUGAUGCUUCUUCUGUUGUUGUUGAAUUAUACGAAGGUGCUAGAACUGUCAAAGAAACCGUCAUUGAACCAGAACCAGUUGAAGACUCUGAAGACGAAGAUUCUGAAGAAGAAGAACCAGAAAUCAAGAGAGAAGUUGUUUAUGAAUGUGGUGAUAAAUUGGCUGAAUUAUCUUUGAAAGACUUGAAACCAAAUGCUAAAUUGGAAGUCACUGUUAACAUUACCCAAAACGGUGUUUUACAUUUGUCUGGUAGAGAAUUAAAACAAGGUUCUACUGUUGUCAAAGGUGAAGUUACUUCUCAAUAA